AUGGACACACUCAACGGUGGGACUGUGUGCGACCAGCUACCCGUCGCCAUCCCCUUCACGCCGCCGGGACCCACUGCGGCAGCGGUGCCGGAGGAGCUCGGCAGUGCCGCGAUCCUGCGCGAGCAGCUCGACUCCGUGCCGUCCUCCGCGGCCUCGCCCGCGCUUCCAAUCGCCGUGAUACUCGAGGAAUCUGCCGAGGCCGUGCUCUCGCCCGGCGAUAAUGGCGGCCGCGACACCGCUGUGCCUGCCGCCACGCCCGGCGGGCCCCCGCCCGGCAACGUGUUGGGCAAGCGGCAACUCGACGAGCCGGCGGGCAGUCAGCCGGUGGGCAAGCCCCGGAAAGAGCCCAAGCCGCGCGCCGACACCGCGCUGCCGCCCGGCUUCUCGCGCACCGUGCGCAACGAGAAGAAGAAGGAGUACUGGUACGUGGCGCCCGACGGGUCCAGGCACUCGAGCCGCGCGGCGGCGUGGCGCCAGUUCUCGACGACGACGGCGGAUGGCGCCGCGCGGCUGCGGGCGGCGGAGACUGCGAGAGCGGCUGCCGCCUCGGCAGCGGCGGUGCCAGAGGUUGUCGCUUCGUACUCUGUCGGUGGGAGCGAGGAGGAUGAGGCGGAGCUGGCGACGGUGCUGCCCGAGGCGGUGGCGACGGUGGCGGUGGUGACGGCGGCGGAGGCAGCGGCGGGGGAGGAGGAGUGGUGCGGCUCCUCCCCCGCUCCAGCGGCGGUUGCCCAGCAGGGCGCAGGCGGCGAGGCGCCCGCCGCUCUUGUGCCCGCUCCGAAGCUGCGCGCGGACGCGGUCCUCCCUCCCGGCUACACGCGGGCGGUGCGCAACGAGAAGAAGCACGAGUACUGGUACGUGGCGCCCGACGGGUCGAGGCACUCGAGCCGCGCGGCGGCGUGGAAGCACUUUGCGCCGGCGGUGCCGGAGGAGGUGGAGGCGGCCGCAGCGAGCGCCGCGCUCGCUGCCAUCAAGGGCACCUCCUCCACCUCCUCCCUCGACUCCACCGCCCUCACUCUCGUCGCCGUGGCCUCGCCCGCUGCCGCACCUUCGGCCGCACUCGCGCUCGGCGAGGCGCCGCCCGCCCUGGCGGACCCCGCCCCGGCGGCGGCCUCUCUGGCGGCGGGCGAGGCGAGGCAGGAGGCGGGGCAGGAGGAGGAGGCCGCCCCGCAGCCGUCGCCCAAGCCGAGGGAGUCUCGCCCCCGCGACGAGCUCCCUCCCGGCUUCACGCGCUUGGUCCGCAGCGCAAAGAAGCACGAGUGGUGGUACCUGUCGCCGGACGGCACGCGGCUGUCGAGCCGCGCGGCGGCGUGGAAGCACCACUCGGGGGAGCAGCGCACUGCGGAGGGCGCGCCCGCGGCGGACGGCGCCGCGACGGCGCCCGGAGAGGAGCUGCCGACGGUCGCCGAGGCGGUCCUCGCAGAGGCGGUGCCACCGUUGAUGGUGCUGCCGUCUGCAGCCGAGGCCGACGCUGUCCGCUCGAGCGUCGCGCCUGCGGGCGACGCUUCCGCCCUCCCGGCCACUCACGCGACAGCGGCUGCUCUUCCCGAAGUCGCCACUCCGGCGGACGCGAGAGACGCGGGCGAGCCCGCCCUCAGCCCUGCGCCGCCUGGACAGCCACGCGCAGACACGCCGCCGGGCUACACGCGCGCGGUGCGCAACGAGAAGAAGAAGGAGUACUGGUACGUGGCGCCCGACGGGUCGAGGCACUCGAGCCGCGCGGCGGCGUGGAAGCACUUUGCGCCGGCGGGGAGCGACGGGGUUGGGCAGUUGGGCAUUGCAGAGGCGGCGGUGGCGGUGGCGAUGCCGAUGGCGUCGCACGGCGAGGUGGCGGCGGAGAUGGUGCUGCCUGAGGCGGUCGCUGAGCUUGCGUCGUCGCCGGUCGACGCUCCACUCAUCACUAUUGCCACGAGUGCCGCCGACGCGGCUCCGGCCGAGGCGUUGCCAAACGAGAUUUUGCAGCCCGGACACGCGCCUGUGUGA